AUGGAAUGUCAUCAUCACGACUCGGGGAAUCGUACUCCAAUAUUCCAUCUUCCUCUUCUUGUUUCACGCUUCUUUCUUGCCGCUCUUCGAAGUCAGAGCGCUCGAGGCUGACCGGUUCGACUGGCUGAAUUUCUCUCUGAUAGAGGUACGACGGGAAGUUCCAGCUCUUGCCAUCGUUGUUUCCGCCCAAAUCGUUCAAGUGAUUGUUUGCAAUAGUCGCGGCAUCAAAUCCUGCAAAUCUGCGUGAAGGAUCCAUUCAUUCCAUGAUUAAAAUCUCAGUGAAUAGUAUGCCAUAUUUCAGUAGUUUUCUUAAAUUCCAUAUCCUAGUUUUUGGCAUUUACUAUUUUAAAAUUCAUAAAUGGCAUUUCUCUUUCAUCCUUGAAAAGAGGUAUUACACAUUUCUUUAACUAAAUUAAGAAUCAUGAAGUCUACUUAAUGUCAAUGAGUUUGAAACUUCAUUCUAAAUAAGAACACUUUACAAGAGAAUAUGUUAUAUUUAUUCGCUGUCUUUCUCGUAUAUAUGAUUACCAUGUGUCUCAGACCUUUAAUUCCCAAGAUUUCAUUAGUAACUCUCUUUACUGUCUGCCAUAGAAUUCACGUGACGUUAGUUUGGAGAAUUUGGAUUUGGAUCAACCAAUAAUCUCCUAAUUGAUAUUUUUUUUAUUCUCAUUACUUGUGUGCUUGAUAUCGUGCUGAUAGUAUAAGGAGAAAUUCUGUCUUGGUCACUAGUGGGACUUGAAGUUAAAAUGGGGGAAUUUCAUUCUACCUUAGUUAUCAAAAUAUUCUUAUGCUUUCAAAUUUUACAUAAAAUGUGAUGAGAAUCUGCAUGUUAUGAUACACUUACAAUGAAAAAAACCUGCUGCUGGUAGCGUAAUACAUCUUCAAUGUUUAAAUUUACAUGGGAAAUGCUAUCAUAACUUAAUGCUUGACGUGCUUUACUCAUACAUGUCAGUUGUGUGUACGUAUCAUUGUAAAAGUGUCUUAGGAGAGCAAACAAACAAAAGAACAGAAGACAGAGAAAUAAGGGCAACUGUAACUUUACCAUAUGAGAGGAAAAAUGAUCACAGAAUACUGAAGAAGGGAAGCUUGAAUUGUGCUCGCUAAUUUCCUCUAAUGCCCUUCAUGUGUUUGAUCAAGUAAAAUUUGAUUUGUUGUAGGGUUUGCCUACAAGGUGUCAGAUUACCGGUGUGGACUUGGGUUUUCUCUUCUUUUAGCUGGUAAAAGAUAGAUACUGAAAAAUAGAUGAAAAAGUACACAUUGUCAAAAGAAUUACACUUUAUCAAAUUCUAAAUCAUCAUUUAGAAUGACAUAAGCAGGAAAAAACAAUGAGCUUUUUCGUAUUCACCGGUAAGUUAAUUAGAUUUUGGAUUCUACAGUCACACUGGGUGAGAUUAAAUUCAUACAUAUCACGCUUCGUUAUUGGUCUGUUUACAUGGAAGAGUAAUUGUUAUUAUAUCUUCACAGAUGUUUUCGUUGCUGUUGCAAUUAACAUUCAUGACAGUUUCAUUUAACAUAGAAUGUUUCAAGAACUUACUUUCUCCUCAAUACCAUUUACUAUUUCUGGAGCACAAUCAAAGGAAGCAUAUUAUUAAAAAAAUUAUAACUUUUGAUUCAGGUAAUUAUUUGAAUAUGUGAGUAAUAUUUGAUGUUUUCACGCGUAACAGGAUGAUCAAGCUGAAGAUAGCCUCAAAAAGGAGUAAACUCGACUGUAACGAUUAGGUGACUAAUUUGGAAACUUGAGCACUUGGUAAAUACACCUUGGCUCGCAAUGCGGAUGAUUACAAUUUGCUGAAUCAAUCAAAAUUUCCGUCCCCAUGCAGGAACCUUUCUCAUGACCUGUACAGUCAUUUGCUAUGAGAUAACUUUAGAAAAAUGCAUUUGUGUCGGUAGAACUUUUGUAAGUACAGCACCACCUGGUGGCAAAAAUUAAUGAUUUCCGAUAGGCAUGAACAUUUGGGAAAAGUUAUGGUGGUAAUUUACUCAUUUUUGCUAAAAUGCAUGGGUUUGAUGAUUGUUAUGUAUAUCUUCCAGCUUUCAAACUUUCAACUUUGUAUUAAUUGUAACUGUUUGCCAUUUCUAUUUCUCUGUACAUUAAGCCCUCAAAAGUUGAAGCAGGUGAGUCUUCUCUCCUGGGCAAGGGGAUCCUUUAAAAGCAGGACAAGGAAGAACCCCACUGUUCUCUUCUACGGUUGUGCUUUACAGGCUUACAGCGAUCACUUCCUCUGAUUUGAAAUAGACCUCAAAUUGCAGUAACGACGGAUUAAAUGGCAGCUCUUGGUCUUGCUGUUGUGCGUCCUUUUGACCCUCUACCAAAGCGGUUGUUUCAACGUUGGAAGAAAGGCUCACGUUCUUCUUAGGAAAACGAUACGGCAUAAGGAAGAUGGCCGGUGUCUUUUUUGCUCUUGUCCCUGACAGAAUGUUGUCUAACACUUCUCCCUAGAGAUGUUGCAAAGUCCUUCAUCUCUCUUGUUUCCUCAAGGGUCAUUCUCGCCAUUCCUUCUUCAAUCAACGUUACAGGUAGCUUGGGAGGAGGGGAGGAAUCCAUAACUUUGUUCGGGUAA